AUGGCACCCUCCCGUGUCGACAGUCCGGAGCCCAUCCCAUCCCCUGCCCCGGGAAAGCUUCAGUCCAUCCAGACACAGCAGCCUCACUAUGGUGACUUUCGUGACGACUUCUUUCGCGACGGUUACGCUGUCAUCAAAGGCGUGCUGAGCAAGGAGCGCGCUAGCGAAUACCAGAGCGAAGCCCUGACCUGGCUUGAAUCAUUCGGCCUUGGCUUUGACCGCAACGACAAGUCCACCUGGAAGAAGGAAAACCUCCCACAGAGCUGGAAGGGUGGCAUGUACCUGCACUUCUCAGCUGCGCACGAGAAAUAUGUCUGGGACGUCCGAUGUGAGCCUGGUGUGAUUGCUCCCUUCGCUAAGCUUUGGGGCACCGACGAACUUGUCGUGUCCUUCGACACGGUGAACAUUACUCUCCCUCAAUCCAUCGUUGGCACCUACGACUCCCAGCCCUGGCCACACUGCGACCAAGCGCCCGAGCGCAAAGGUCUGGUCUGUGUUCAGGGCAUCGUCAACCUCUCCAACGCGGGCCCCGACGAUGGUGGGCUCAUCGUAAUGAAGGGUUCUGCACCGCUCUUUGACCAAUUCUUCGAAGAGAACCCCGUCACUGGUCCCACCCCCUGGCGCACCGCCAAACAUAAGGAUUUCCACCCCUUCUCUGACAAGGAUCUGGACUGGUACCGCGAGCGUGGAUGCGAAUUGAUCAAGGUCUGCGCUGAACCUGGAGACUUGAUUCUCUGGGACUCGAGACAGAUGCACUGGGCUCAGUUCGGGACCUCGGAUGUAGUGCGGACUAUUGUCUAUGCUACGUAUACGCCGGCGGCAUGGAUGAGCGAGGAGGAUCGGGAGAAGAAGAAGGAAUUAUUCGAGGGAUAUGAGACAACUACACACUGGCCGCAUACUAACUUGUAUACACAUGGGAAGGCGAUGGUGAAGGUGGAUGGGGAGGAAGUAGUGGAUCCGUUGGAGAGGGACGAACCUCUUACCAAACCGCUGAUGAAGAGUGGUGCAGACCCCUUGAACUACCCUCAAUGGCAAAAAUGGGUAAUCACGUUCGUGCUGGGAUUGUUCUCCGUUCUGGGCGUCCUGAUGACCUCCGGAAUGGGUCCCUUCGUCACUUUAAUGCAAUCCUACUACGACUACAAUCCCCACACCGACGAUCUAAUGACCUACCCAACCCUCUUCAUGGGGAUCGGUAAUGUCAUCGCUAUGCCACUCGCCAUGGCAAUUGGCAGACGCCCAGUAUUCCUGGCAUCUGCAUUGGUCCUAACCGUGGGAUCAAUCUGGUACAUCCCCAUUACCGACCCCUUACACCUCACACUUUACAAGCCGAAGACCCUAACCAAAGCUAUCCAGGAAAUCCACUUCGUCCACGAACGCAGCAGCCGCCUCGCCUGGUUCAGCGCGAUCCAAUCCAUCGGCACAGCCGCCCUCACCAUCGCAACAUCCUACCUAGUAAGCAGCCUCGGCUGGAGAUGGUGGUACGGGGUAUUCUCCAUCGCCAGCGGGCUAGUCUUCAUCAGCGCAUUUACCCUCGUGCCAGAAUCCCGCUACGACCGACCCACCGAUGCUUUCGAAGGGGAAGUGCACGUCCACCACGAGGGAGAAGAACAAGUCAUCCUUCAUGCAACCACCAAGAACCGCGUUCCACUCGACUUCAUCAACUACAAAGCACGAACCUGGAAACAUACUCUAGCCAUCAUGCACCCACCCGCAAACUGGAAAGAAGCCCUAACAUGCUACAAACAAAUGGGACAAUGCAUCCUAUUCCCCAACAUCCUCUGGGUCGUCCUCAUGAACAGCGUCUCACUCGGAAUCUACGUUAUCGGAGUGACAGAGUACGCCUCUGUCCUCGGCGCCCCUCCAUACAACUACCCAACCACAAGCCUAGGUCUAGUCCAGGGCGGACAAAUCGUGGUCGCAAUGAUAAUGGUUCCCGUUCUCGGCUACGGCGGCGACCAGCUAUACAAAUUGGUCGCAAGGCGUCGAGAGAACGGCACCGUUGAGUCUGAGGUCCGACUUAUCCCUAUGCUAUUGCCUAUUGUCGUACUGCUUAUCUCGUGCGUUAUAUUUGGCCGUGCUGCAUCUCACCCGACGGAGUGGUCUCCCUGGGCAAUCACCACUACCUUUAGCGGGUUAUAUUUUGCCUAUAUUGGGAUCAUUCUUAAUGGGUAUACUUAUUCUCUGGACAGUUAUGCGGAGCGGGCAGCGCCGAUUCUGGUUCUGAUUUGUGCCAUCCGUGGGUUUAUCUCGUUUGGGAUCUCGUUUGGGGUUACGAAGUUUAUCACAGAGCAGGGGUUUCAGGGUGCUUUUGAUAUUUGUGCGAUUAUUGCCGGUGUUGUGGCUGCGCUGGGAAUACCAAUUUUCGUCUUUGGGUGGUGGAUUAGGAAGGUUACGAUGAAAUAUGCGGUUGAUGGGAGGACUGCGGAGUUUUGA